CUUAAUUUACAGUCCUUGGUUCUUGAAACUUUAUAUAUACAUACAUCUGUGCCUCUUUUCUGCUAAGCGUUGUUCUUGGCCACACUUAAUCAACUUGAAAUUCAAGCUCCGUUCCCGGACAAACUGAUUUCAUAUCCAGUCUUUGAUAUUGGACAUUGGCAUUCGGAACCUCCAACCGUCCAUCACUGUAUCAAAACUAAAUUUACCUUCAUCUUUGUAUUUGUCUAGGCAAUUACAAUUUGGUACUGGUUUCAGUAUUCGAUAUUACGCCAGUUGGACACAAUUCCUGUCGAUCUCUUGUCCAUCUACACUUGAGACCUCUUUAGGUACGCUUCAAUUCGAUUCAGCCUCUCGACUGCACUGUCGCAUUCUACGAGUCAUAUCAUAUUAUAUCACAAUUCUCGUAUCCCUUCACCUCGAGGGUACUGAUUCAGGAAUUCCGGAGGUGAUUCGGCGCUUGUCCGUGGGUACAGUACCUCAAUAAAAGAUCGGUUGGUACCUUAUUAGUGCCUCAAUCGAGCUCAAUUUUUUUUCCCCUCGUUGUUACUCAGCCGGGAAAAAAAGGAACUCCACCACCAUUAACUCUAGACUCUCUGAAUCAGCCUCAGCAUUGGGGAAACAAGUAAAAAACAGGGGAUCCACGUUUCAGAGACUUGAUUGAAUCUUUGACAUCUGAUUUUGAACAUCAAAGAAAAAGAAAACAUGGGAAGUCUCUCGCAUUGCAAUUCGCCGUCUCUCGGCUGGGUCGUUCAAAAAUUCGGCGGCACAAGCGUUGGCAAGUUUCCGGACAAGAUUGCGACAGAUAUUGUCAGAGCCAGCUUGUCUCAAAACAGAGUCAUCGUCGUUUGCUCUGCCAGAAGCACGGGCAAGAAAGCUGAGGGAACCACCAGUCGACUACUCGCCGUCUAUGGUAAGCUCAGAGGUGUCGGCGCCGCCAUGUGCGUCGAUGAGGAGCAGCAGAAUGAAUUGGUUGAGCAAGCUCGUGGAUUGAUGCUUGAUAUCUGCAACGAUCACGUCUUUGCUGCCGAGGCUUACAUCCAAGAUCCUUCUAUACGCGGAAAGCUCAUUCAGACAAUCAAGGAUGAGUGUCAAGAGCUGGUCGAGUAUAUCGUCGCUGCAAAGCGGUUCAACCUGGAGAUCAACUCAAGAGCAAAGGACCGUGUCAUCAGCUUCGGUGAGAAAUUGAGCUGUCGUUUUAUGGCGGCUCUUUUGCAAGAUAAGGGCGUCGAGUCUGAAUAUGUCGAUCUUUGCGAUUCAUUCCAUUAUGAUGCUACCGAGAGACUCGACGACAAGUUCUACCGCACUGCCUCAGAGGCUUUCACCCGCAAGAUCGCCGCCUGUGAGAGCCGCGUCCCUGUCGUUACUGGUUUCUUUGGCAACGUACCUGGCAGUCUCAUCGACGGUGACAUUGGUCGUGGCUACACUGAUCUAUGUGCGGCCCUCUGCGCCGUGGGCGUCAAGGCUGAGGAACUUCAGGUUUGGAAGGAGGUUGAUGGUAUCUUUUCAGCCGAUCCCUCCAAGGUGCCCACCGCACGCCUGCUCUCAUCUAUCACACCUUCCGAAGCAGCUGAGUUGACAUUUUAUGGCUCAGAGGUUAUCCACCAUCUCACUAUGGACCAAGUCAUCCGUGCUGAACCGCCUAUCCCCAUUCGCAUCAAGAACGUCAAGAAUCCUCGCGGCAAUGGCACUAUUGUUGUUCCUGACCGCAUCCUCUCGGCCAGCCAUCAACUCACACGGGACUCUCCCAAGCCUCAGGCAGAACACAAGAAGCCGAAGCGACCUACAGCCGUCACUAUCAAGGACCACAUCAGUGUUAUCAAUGUGCAUUCGAACAAGAGAUCGAUUUCGCACGGGUUCUUCGCGCGCGUCUUUUCUAUCCUGGACACUUACUCCAUCUCGGUCGAUCUCAUCUCUACUUCUGAGGUUCACGUCUCUAUGGCUAUCCACUCGAGCAGUCAGCAGGUCGAGGCUUUUGGUAAAGCCACUAAGGAGCUUGCUGAGUGCGGUGAUGUGAGCGUGCUCAACGACAUGGCCAUCCUGAGCUUGGUCGGUGCUGAGAUGAAGAACAUGGUCGGAAUUGCAGGUCGUAUGUUUUCUACUCUGGGAGAACACAAUGUCAACCUCGAGAUGAUCUCACAAGGUGCCAGUGAGAUCAACAUCUCUUGUGUGAUAAGCGCACGAGAUGCUACUCGGGCUAUGAAUGUGUUGCAUACACAUCUCUUCACAUUCCUUGAGUGAACGACAUGUAGGAGCAUGAUAUAGAUGGCAUUCGCAUGUAAUGGGAGUUGGUAGGGAUAUCCUUACGGACUUGAAUUCUUGUAUAGUCAAUAUGCCCUGCAAUGUGUUUGACUAUAUAGUUCAAAGGUGUUUUUGGAGUUUUGCUGGUAAAAAGUUGGGUUAGAGUUGGCAUGACGAUGGAAAGCAUUGAAAGGACGGCAGAUUUAUAUCAACUAUUGUUUAAGAAGGGAAUUUCAACGAUAACUCUCAUGGAUAGACUAUUAGGGGCCAAGUAAAGAAAGAGGCGCUAGGUAAGUUUACUUACACAGUAUGAACCAUUUGGCAGUAAUUAUUUGGGCUCAAGACAGCCCGUGAAAUAAAUGGCCAUAACUUUAAGAAAUGUC